AUGCAAUACAAAACUGGCUUGACCUCUGUGCUGGUGCUCGCUGCCGGCGUGAGCGCACAAUCUAACUCGUGCUCCGUGUCCUCCGGUGCCACGGCAACUGCGCAGGCGGACUUGGACAAGUACUCUUCCUGUAAGAAGUUGUCGGGUGACCUUGUGAUCUCGGGUAAGCAGUUGAGCAACGGUGCGUUGGCCAACGUGGAGGAGAUCGAUGGCUCCUUGAGCAUCAUCGAUUCCUCUACCAUAGUGAACUUCUCUGCGGACAAGUUGCGCAAGAUCAAGGACUCCUUGAAGUUGAUGGACUUGCCCUCUUUGGAAGCUGCGUCGUUCGGCGCGUUGGAAGAGGUCUCGAUGGUGCAGUUCCAGGCGCUACCUGUUGUGAACAACAUCGUGACCAGCAAGUUGAAGACCGCCAACGACAUCGUAAUCUCGAACACCAACUUGCGGUCCAUUAAGGAGUUCACCUCCUUGGGGGCCGUCCAGAAGUUCGACGUGAACAACAACCGUUAUUUGCGCUCCAUCGACGCCAGUAUCAAGACCGUUGGAAACUCCCUAGCGCUUUCGUCCAACGACAAGAUUGAGAACAUCACGUUCAACAACUUGGUCUGGGCCAACAACAUCACACUAUAUUCCGUCAGGGACAUCUCCAUGAAGGCCUUGGUCGCCGUCAACCACUCCUUGGCUGUCGAGUCGUGCCCUAUGAAGUCUCUUGAGUUGUCGAACUUGACCAAGGUUGGGGGUGACGUCACGUUCGCCAACAACGAGCAUUUGACUAAGAUCGACUUGUCCAAAGUUGAGGAGAUCACCGGCGCCUUGGUUAUUGCGGACAACGAGAAGUUGGACCGCAUCAAUGGCUUCAAGAGCGUCAAGUCCAUUGGCGGUUCCCUAACUGUCAACGGUAGCUUCAGCGAGCUAGACUUGAGCGAGUUGGGCUCUGUCAGAGGUGGUGUCAGCGUAAAUUCCAAGGCUAAGAACUUCAGCUGUAACCCUCUAGACGAUUUGCACAAGGCCAAGAACAUUCAGGGCAAGUACCAGUGCUCCACCGGCAAGUCUGACGACAGCUCUUCGUCCUCUGGCAGCAGCGGUAGCAGCAGCGGCGGUAAGGGCGACUCCGGUUCUUCUACCAAGGGCUCUCCAGCGACUUCCAAGGACAUCGGUGCCCACCUAACCCCAGGUGCUUCUUUAAUGGGUGCCUUCGCCGCUGUUGCGAUCGCCCUAUUGUAA